AUGUUUCACAACUUUGAAUACAACAAGACAAACAACAACAGCAGUAGCAGCCAUAAAAACGACAGCAACGAUAAUAAAAUUGAUACCUCCACGGACAAUGGUCAUUUAACUAUAAGCAUCAAAGGAACCACAAAGAACUCAAUCUCCAUUGGCUGGACAUUGAAACUACGUCACAACGACUCUCAACCAAUCACGUACAGCAAUCUAUCGAUUAGUUAUCAAGCGGUUGGUAGUUACGUGAAGCAGGAUGUGGACUUACUGGACAACCAGCAGCAACGCAACAACGUCAUCAACAACGUCAUCAACAGCAACAGCGUAAUUAAUAACAUUAACAAUUAUGACAUCAAAAGUCUUCACGAGAACACGCUGUAUGAGAUCUGCUUCUUGGUCGAGGUUUCCACCUUUCCAAAUGCUUCGUCAACGAUAAAUUGGCAUCAGAGCAUGCCAAGACGUUUGCACGGUCGACAAUCGAAUCAACUUUCGGAAAGCGUCGAAGCAGCGGUUGUUUUCAUGACAACGCUGCUCUAA